AUGCAGCAGAGUGAUUGCCCAAGGCGCCUUAUUUCAGACGCAACAGCUCAGCUGCGUGAGCAAGAAGCAGCAGCAAAAUUUAAUUUGGGGCAUUUUGACAUGGCCGAGCCUUUCAAUGCCGGAUCUACGCAGGCGGCUUCUGCUCGCUCUGCUCUGCCUUGGCGCCUCAUCAACACUUGGGGAACAAGCAGCGAGCCGACGAACGAGACAAGACGAUGCGCAGUGGCUGGUAGGCUGGCAGCCUUCGGUUGGUUGCUAAGCGACGAGGCUACGCUAUCGGAGCCGUUAGGUAGGCCAAGGGUCCGAACGCACAUCUACAAGGCUGAGUGA